GCGAGCGGGCGGGCGAGCUAGUGAGCGAGCGUGUGGGGAGGGGGGUGUUCCUCCUCCGCAGUUUGCAGUUUGUUAUGUCUCAGACACCGUGAGCGCCGGAGAGAGUGAGAGCUGCAGAGCGAUCGUCUUAUUCUCUACAUGCCUCAGAAAAGCCAAGAAUUGCCCAACCUUUUUUCGCGACUGUUUUCCCCCCUUUCCAUUUGCGCAUCCCCCCCCCCUCCCCUUUGAAUGAUUAUUAUUUUUAUAGAUAUACAUACAGCAUCGACUUUUUGCCUUAGACAUAAUAACUGUUACUGUUUUUCGACAUUCUGUUAUUCCCAUAUCUGGAUCUAACGGACAGCUGCGGGAGCGUGGAUGAACUAUUGGGGCAAAAUCGGAGAUGGAAUUCCUGCUAACAUGCCUUUCCUUUUGGAUUUUGCACUGCAAUACGGUUCGAGGAGACUCCAUCAUUCACAUCGGUGCAAUAUUUGAAGAAAACGCCGUACGGGACGAUGAAGUUUUCCAGCUGGCCAUCUCAGACCUCAGUCUCAACGAUGACAUUCUGCAGAGUGAGAAGAUCACUCACUCCAUAAAGCUCAUCGAGCCCAACAACCCCUUCCAGGCGGUGCAGGAAGCCUGCGAGUUGAUGACCCAGGGCAUCCUGGCUCUGGUGACGUCGACGGGCUGCGCCUCAGCCAGCGCGCUACAGUCUCUCACGGACGCUAUGCAUAUCCCGCACCUGUUCGUGCAGCGCAACCCCAGCGGCUCACCCCGCACUGCCUGCCAGUUGAACCCAAGCCCUGAUGGCGAGCGCUACACACUUGCUGCGCGGCCCCCUGUGCGUCUCAACGACGUUAUGUUGCAGCUUGUGACCGAGCUGCACUGGCAGAAGUUCAUCGUCUUCUAUGACAGCGAAUACGAUAUCCGAGGCCUGCAAAGCUUCCUGGACCAGACAUCCCGGCAGGGCCUGGAUGUAUCCCUGCAACGGGUGGACCGGAACAUCAGCCGUGUCUUUACUAGUCUUUUCACCACAAUGCGUACCGAGGAGCUGAAUCGGUACCGGGACACCCUGCGAAGGGCCAUCCUGCUGCUGAGUCCAAAGGGAGCCCAGGUCUUCAUCCAUCAGGCUGUCGAAACAAACCUGGCCUCCAAGGACAGCCACUGGGUGUUCGUGAACGAGGAGAUAAGUGAUGCAGAGAUUCUAGAGCUCGCCCACAGCGCUCUGGGGCGAAUGACGAUCAUCCGGCAGAUUUUCCCGCUGUGGAAGGACAGCAAUGCUCGCUGCAUGCGGAAUAACCACCGCAUCUCUUCAUUGCUCUGUGACCCCCAGGAGGGCUACCUUCAGUCCCUGGAGGUGUCCAACCUGUACCUGUACGACAGCGUCCUGAUGCUGGCUAAUGCCUUCUACAGGAAGUUGGAGGACAGGAAGUGGCACAGCAUGGCCAGCCUUAACUGCAUCAGGAAGUCCACCAAGCCCUGGAAUGGGGGCUGGUCCAUGCUGGAGACCAUACAGAAGGGCCGCAUAACUGGCUUGACGGGGAUCAUGGACUUUCGUGACGGUGGCUCCAACUCCCAUGUCCAGUUUGAGAUCCUGGGCACCAGCUACAGCGAGACCUUUGGAAAAGACGUGAAGCGGUUAGCAACAUGGGACUCCACCCUGGGACUCAACGGAAGCCUGAAGGAGAGUCGAAUCGAGAGCGGAAUGCAGGGAGUGACCAUCAAGGUGGUGACACUACUGGAGGACCCUUUUGUCAUGGUGGCAGAAAACAUCCUUGGGCAGCCCAAGCGGUACAAAGGCUUCUCCAUCGACGUUCUCGAUGCUCUUGCUAAGAUCCUGGGCUUCAAGUAUGAGAUCUACCAGGUGGCCGACAGCAAAUACGGCACCCAGCUGCCCAACGGGUCAUGGAAUGGCAUGAUAGGAGAACUCAUCAACAAGAGGGCAGACUUAGCCGUGUCAGCAAUCACCAUCACACCAGAGAGGGAGAAUGUGGUGGACUUCAGCAAGCGCUACAUGGACUAUUCUGUGGGAAUCCUGCUGCGCAAGCCUGAGGAGAAGAUCAACAUCUUCUCGCUGUUUGCACCCUUUGACUUGGCUGUGUGGGCCUGCAUUGCUGCUGCCAUCCCCGUGGUCGGGGUCCUCAUCUUCAUCCUGACCCGGAUGCAGUCGGCCCGUGUCCGGAACCCCCCCGUGGCCCAUCAGCCACCCCCCUCUUCUGUCUCAAACUCUUUGCAUAGUGCCAUUUGGAUAGUGUAUGGAGCUUUUGUCCAACAAGGUGGGGACUCCGUGGUGAGCUCGGUGGCCCUGCGCAUCGUCAUGGGCAGCUGGUGGCUCUUCACCCUCGUGGUGUGUUCCUCCUACACGGCAAAUCUGGCGGCGUACCUCACCGUGUCUCGCAUGGACAGCACCAUACGGACCUUCCAGGACCUGGCUAAGCAGAUCGAUUUGUCCUACGGAACAGUGCGGGACUCGGCUGUGUACGACUACUUCCGGGCCAAAGGCACCAACCCCCUGGAGCAAGACAGCACAUUUGCCGAGCUCUGGAGGACAAUCAGCAAGAACAACGGGCAAGACCACUCCGUGUCCAGCCCCUCUGAGGGCAUCCGUAAGGCCAAGAAGGGGCCGUAUGCUUUCCUAUGGGACAUGGCGGUGGUGGAGUAUGCUGCCCUGACCGAUGACGACUGCACCAUCACUGUCACGGGCAACAGCAUGAGCAGCAAGGGCUACGGCAUCGCCAUGCAGCACGGCAGCCCGUACCGAGACCUCUUCUCUCAGAAGAUCCUGGAGCUUCAGGAAAAGGGCGACCUGGACAUUCUGAAGCAGAAGUGGUGGCCGCGGACGGGCCGCUGCGACCUGAACAGCCACGCCCACGUACAGCCCGACGGCCGGGCGCUCAAGCUGCACAGCUUUGCCGGCGUUUUCUGCAUCUUGGCAGCAGGCCUGCUGCUGGCCUGUUUGGUGGCCGGACUGGAGGUGUGGUGGAACGGCAACCGUUGUCGGCAAGAGCAGCCCAAAGAGGUUACUAAGGAUUACAGACUGACAAGGGUUUCUGGUCCAUUGACAUAUAAUGAUAUUACAACUGCUUCAUCGCAAGGGAGGAAGGACAUAUGGACGAGAGAGAGAGAGACUGGGAUGAAGCAGAAGCUAUUGACACAGGACAAGGAGGUGAACUUGGAGCAGGUACACCGGCGUAUGAACAGCCUUAUGGACGAGGACCUGGCACACAAACAGAUCCCAGGCCCGUCUAUCGAGAUCUCUGCGCUGGACAUCGGCAGCAUGGCGCCCAGCCAGCAGCUGGAGCCCACGCGGGAUUACCCGGGCACGGGCCUGUCUGUGAGCACCUUCCUCCCGGAGCAGGGCCAUGGGGUGGGCCGGACACUGGCCCAGGGCCCUGGCAGCACCCUGCCGCUACCUCUCGGCAGCUCCACCAUCCCCUCCAUGCAGUGCAAGCACAGGUCGCCCAACGGGGGCCUGUUCCGCCAGAGCCCCGUCAAGACCCCAAUGCCAAUGUCGUACCAGUCAGUGCCCGGAGGACCCAUCCCAGAAGCCAUUGAACCCACCCAUAGUACUUCCAUCUGACCCCAACCUUGCAAUCUGUCCUAGUCUAGCUGAAAAAAGAGAAAAAAAACUUUAAAAAGAAAAAAAAAAAAGAAAAGAAGCAAAGAUUUUUAUUACCAACUCACAACAACAACAAAGAAACCCAACUUUUCUUGUACAUAUUUGUAAAUACUGAAAGAAUGAAGUGAGGUAAAAGUGUAUUUUGAAUAUUCUCAAUUUUUGAAGUUGAGUUAAAA